AGCCUAAACAUGGCAACCCGAGGUCAAAUUAGCUGAGCCGCAUAUCACUGUUAGCUCGUAGCUGCUGGCUGUAGAUACCUCUCCGAGUCCGUGCGCACGGUCAACCGAACAGCGGCGUUACAUACACGGCGUGUUUCGGAAUCAUGUCGGAAAGUGAUGACUCUGUCGACAUGAUCAGAGCAGGCUCUCCAGUUCGCCACAGAAAAAAACACAGCAUGGAGUCGUCCAGAUCUCCCAGAAGCUCCAAACACCGCCAUUCGCGGACAAGGUCAAGAUCCAGGGACCGAAAACGUGUCAGAAAACACAGACGGAGUCGCAGCAGGAGCAAAGAGGCACGAAAGAGAGACUCAGAGAAGCCGUCAAAAUCACAACGAAAAACUGAUGAGCAGCAAGAACAAGAGAGACUGUCUUCAGACAAUGGAGAGGAGCGAUCCAGACGCAAGGACAGGAAGCCCUCCAAAGGCCGGAGCUUGUCCAGGUCACACUCACGAGAGAGGCGGCAUCACAGUAGAAGUAGGGACAAACGGCGUUCGCGGUCACGCAGCCGAGACAGGAAGAAGAAGGCCCGCUCUCGCUCAGGUUCACGGACCAAACACCGGCAUCACAGUAGAAGUCGCAGUAAGAGCAGGGAGCGGAAGAAAAGGACUGAAAAAGUGCGCAGAAAGAGCAGAAGCAGGUCUGUUAACCCACCUGUCUUGCGGGGCAGAGACACAGCUAUGGAUGCACAAGAGGCCCUGGCCAGAAGGCUGGAGCGAGCCAAGAAACUAAUGGAGCAAAAGGAGAAGGAAAUAUUUGAGAAGCAGCAGCAGGAACCAAAGGACAUCGCUGCAGUAGCUGCGCCAAUCGCAGCAACUGCUGUUACUGCUUCAAACCCUGCCAUCAAUGUGGCGGCUCUCCUGGCCUCUGGGACACAGGUCACACCUCAGAUUGCCAUGGCGGCACAGAUGGCAGCCCUACAAGCAAGAACUCUGGCAGAGACCGGUAUUGCUGUGCCGAGCUACUACAAUCCAUCUGCUGUAAAUCCAAUGAAGUUUGCAGAGCAGGAGAAAAAGAGAAAGAAGCUAUGGCAGGGAAAGAAGGAAGGGGACAAGAACCAGACGACUGAACUGUGGGAGAAGCUAAACUUUGGAAACAAGGACCAAAACGUAAAGUUUCGCAAACUUAUGGGUAUCAAAGGAGAGGACGAGGCUGAAGUUGCCAAACCACUCAACGAGGAAGGCUUGAAGACUCUCCAAAAACAGGAGGAGAUGUUCCGGAACCUAGACGUUCAAUAUGAAAUGGCCCGGUCUCAGACACACACCCAGAGGGGAAUGGGCCUCGGCUUCACGUCCUCAUUCUCACGUGGAAUGGAUUCCAUCUAGUGCCAAACCUGGACUGUCAGUGUCGCUCAUCUGGUCAUGUAGGACUACCAAUUCAUCGCUAGCUUUAAGCUUGCAUGGAUGUUGCUCUGAAUCUGUAAUUUAUUUAUGGACAAACAUCUCCUGUAUUGAAACCUUAUUAUAAUGUAAAUAGCCAGACACUGAGUUUGUCUCAGUGAUUAUUCAUCUGUACAUCUUCUGUAAAGGAAGCAUCAGUCUGACUCGCUGAUGCUAGUUAGAAUUAGAUUUUUGUUUUGAAUGAUGUGUUAGAUUUUUUUUUUUUAACCGAAAUAUAUUGAUAUGUGACUGUUUGAACAAAAAUUGAUUAUAAUGUGGUUCAAGUGAAAACUAUUUCCAUCCAUUUAGAUAAAUGCUUCUGAGGCCAGUGUCGUUAACAGAAUGGUUUCAUUUUUGCUGACUGGGAAAAAACAAGCUGUGGUACACAUCUGUAUCAAGAAAGCUGAUGGAGGAAGGUCCAAGAAGAGUAAUCACAAUUUCAGAUAUUCUUGAAAUAAAUUAGUUUUGUGUUGAGUAA